AUGCCAACAGGCUCUAUGCCUGCAGGUUCCAAGCUGGAGAGUCCACAAGUGGAGACAGGUGCCAUGCGUCAAGAUGAGGUACCAGUGCCUGCAGAGGACAAGGGGCCUAUGGCUGAGGAUCGAUCUGCAUGGGCUGGCCAAGACUGGAACUGUGCCAAUGAGACCAGCGAGUGGUUCUGGCAUGGCCCUGUUGCGCAGAAGCAGGCGUGGGAGAUACCAUGGAUGCAAAGAGGCCUGAAAGCCCCAGAUCUGGGGGCCAAGUUCUAUCAGUCAGUACACGAUGGCAAACGCAGACCUUUCUAUGAUCUUCCACCCAAGAUGAUCAUCUCCACAGUGCAAAAUGAUACUGCACAAUGCAACGCAGUGUAUGUGGCUGUGCCAGGUAUGGAUAUGGAGCAUGGGGUGGUGAAGAACCAUGGCAUUGGAACCAAGGACUAUGGAUGGAAAAUGAAGCAUGGACUGCAGAAGGAGAAUGGCCUUGGACACCAGCUGGAUAUCCUGACGGUGAUGGAAGCUGGACCGAGCAAGGCAUGGAUGACACAGGCGGGGUGGCAUGAAAGAGAAUCUGAAGCACCACCGGCUGAAGAUUCAGAGGUGGAGGUGGUUGUGGAUGAGGAGAGUGACUAUCUGCAGAGCAGAAUUGGUGGGCCCAAGGCCAAGCCUGCAGCAAAGAAGAUGCCAAGACCACCAGUGACUCCACCGCCCGGCCAUGUCAUUGCAGAACAAAUCGGAAGAGGGGGUGGUGGACCUGAGAGUGAGGAGAGGGAGGUGAACUCCAGACCAAUCACAGCCUUCUCAGCAGUGAUGUCCAGACUGGGCGGGGCCAACCGAAAGUGA